GUUAAACUCCUGUUCGCAGUGAUCGUCCCAUCUCCGUUAUGGUUAAUGGUACCAAGGAUCAUGUAUGUCGUGUCGCCUGCAGGCCUCCGUUAACAUGUUCCCCCCCCAUCCCUGUGCCUAUCCGUCUUCGUCCUCGGUCUGGCCUGAUGAAUGGCACCUCGCUGCAGUCGAGUCUAGUGUGACCUCGUUCGUAGCGGGUUGGUACCGCGGACGCGCAGUAUAUCGGGGUUAUUGGGUCUGGUGCUUGGCUCCUUCUACUUUCAGAUGGUAAUAAAACCCGCUCCCAGGGUUGCUAUCAAGGCCCCGCAAACCCCGAUCGACACUCAAUUGGCUGUAUUCUGCCUCUUGGCUCGUUCUGUGCAGCUUCUAGCCACUUUCCGUGCUUCCUGGAACCCAAUCGUCAAGAUAGAUUCCGUCUGCCUGGGUUGCUCCUCGAGCUCCCCCCAGUCAGUCCACCCUGCGACCACACCCCGACCCUGGGGUAACGCGACAGCCGCGAAACUCCUCCUCUCUCUUUCUUACUCGGCCUCUGCCUUUAUUAAACCCCCUCUGUCCCCCCCUCACAUGCCGUCUUUUUUCCUUUUCUCCUCAUCGACACUGAUCACCAUCACAACUCACCAACAUGUCGUCCUCAGAAGAGAAGGGACCCCUCCCUGUCACUCCUGAGAAGGAGGUUCCUCCCCCACAGUUCACCCACAGUGGUGAUGCCAUCAACCAGCAUCGCGACCAAGAGGACUUCUGGACUCGCAAUGGCCUCAACCUCAAGUCCUUCCAGAGACGUGGCGAUGGCGCCUCCAUCGACUCUCUCGACCGCACCAUGAAGACCCGCCAUCUGCACAUGAUUGCCAUCGGUGGUUCUAUCGGUGCUGGUUUCUUCGUCGGUUCCGGAAAGGCCCUGGCUACCGGUGGUCCCGCAACCCUCCUCAUCGAUUUCGCCAUCAUUGGUAUUAUGAUGUUCAACACGGUCUACGCUCUCGGUGAACUUGCUGUCAUGUUCCCUGUCUCUGGUGGUUUCUACACGUACUCUACUCGCUUCAUCGAUCCUUCCUGGGGUUUCGCCAUGGGCUGGAACUACGUCAUGCAAUGGUCUAUCGUCUUGCCUCUUGAACUCACGGUCUGCGGUAUCACAAUUCAAUACUGGACGAAAGACGUCAAUGUCGCUGUCUGGAUCACCGUCUUCAUGUUUGCCAUCAUCAUCGUCAACGUUUUCGGCACUCUCGGAUACGCUGAGGAGGAGUUCUGGUCUUCGGUUCUCAAGCUCGGAGCGACUGUCGUCUUCAUGAUCAUUGCCGUCGUUCUCGUCUGUGGUGGUGGUCCCGAGGGCAGCGCUUACGACGAAUACUCUGGUGGCAAGCUUUGGCAAGAUCCUGGCGCUUUCGCCAACGGCUUCCGUGGCUUCUGCUCCGUCUUCGUCACUGCUGCUUUCUCCUUCUCCGGAACUGAGCUGGUCGGUCUUGCCGCUGCUGAGGCCCGCAACCCCGUCAAGUCUCUUCCCGGUGCCAUCAAGCAGGUGUUCUGGCGUAUCACCCUCUUCUACAUCCUGGGUCUCACCUUCAUCGGUCUCCUCGUCCGCCACGAUGACGACCGUCUCCUCGGUGGUGACAACCCGUACAUCAACGUCGAUGCUUCUCCCUUCGUCCUGGUCGGUCUCGAUGCCAAUCUUCGCGGCUAUGAUUCGUUCAUGAACGUCAUUAUCUUGGUCUCCGUCCUUUCCAUCGGUGUUUCCUCCGUCUAUGGUGGUUCCCGUACCCUCACUGCCCUUUCCCAGCAGGGUUAUGCCCCCAAGAUCUUCUCCUACAUCGACCGCUCCGGCCGCCCUCUCAUCUCCGUGCUUUUCGUUUGCGCUUUCGGCCCCCUCGCCUAUGUCAACCUGAGCACUUCCGGUGUCGUUGUCUUCGACUGGCUCCUCGCCUUGUCUGGUCUUGCCGCCCUCUUCACCUGGGGUUCCAUCUGCUUGGCUCAUAUCCGCUUCCGCAAGGCUUGGGCUCUCCAGGGUCACACUCUGGACGAGAUUCCUUUCAAGGCCGCUGGUGGUGUCUAUGGCUCUUACCUCGGCCUCAUCCUCGUCAUCCUCGUCUUGAUCGCUCAGCUUUUCGUCGCCAUCUGCCCCGUCGGCGGCGGCUUCAACGAUGCCGAGGGCUUCUUCAAGUCUUACCUCGCCCUUCCCGUCGUCAUCGUCUUCUGGAUCGGUGGUUUCAUCUGGAAGCGAACAGGUUGGCUCCGCACCGACCAGAUCGAUGUUGACACUGGCCGCCGCGAGCUCCCCUGGGACGAGAUCAACGAGUACCGCGAGAAGCUUGCUCAGAUGCCCGCCUGGAAGCGCAUCUUGCAUACUGUCUUCGUCUAAAAAAAAGCCCAGCACAUUCCCUCUAUCCUUCCGUUUUGUACAUACUUUACCGGUAUCAAACGGGUUCAGUUAGAUGGGAGUUUUGAGUCUUUUUUUUUGCGAUUUAGGAGUUCGUUUGCAAAUCUAUCUAGCGAGUGUCCAUGAUGGCAUUUGAUGUCUUUUUUGAAUGUUGGGCUCGCAUAUGUAAUGUUUUUGAUGGAGCGGAUGGGUGAGGGGUAUGAAUCUGAAGGGAAUGAAAUGGAAUUUGAUCGGGAGGUUUUCUUACAAGCGCCUUUCAGUGUUUCUGGAAAAGAGAGC